AGUUGAAUUUGAAGUUUUGCUUUUGAAGAAUGACCAUCCUUAAACUUCAAAUAUAUAGUUUUGAAAACUUCAAAAUAGAGUUCAUUUUUGGAGAUGCUCUGACUAGAGACAAUAAUUCUGGAACCUCCUCUACGUAAGUAUACAAAACAAUCUACACAUUCAUUAUAUAUAAACAUUUACAUUCACUAUUUUUCUCAUAGAGAAAAUAAAAACAAAAAAAAACCCACCUGGUCCAAAAGCUCACAAACAAAAUCUCAAUCUCUUAGGGUUUUUCUCUUCUUCUUGCAAAGAAUAGGUUUUUAGAAAUUAAGUAAUUUCUCAUCUGGAUCUUGUCUAACAAAAAUGGUGAGAGAAGGUCAAGACGAGGAGGAGGAGAUGAUGAUGAUGGUGGCGGCGACGACUAAACCUGCAUGGCUUGAAGGAUUAAUUGGGGAAACUUUCUUCUCGAGCUGUGGGAUCCAUGAGAGUCGCCGUAAAAGCGAGAAGAACGUCUUUUGCUUGCUCUGUUGUCUCAGUGUUUGUCCUCACUGCCUCCCUUCGCAUCGCUCCCAUCCUCUUCUUCAGGUGAGACGAUACGUAUACCACGAUGUCGUUCGGCUGAGUGAUCUUGAGAAGCUCAUAGAUUGCUCAUAUGUUCAGCCAUAUACAAUUAAUGGAGCUAAAGUGAUAUUCAUAAACCAAAGACCACAAUCAAGAGCCAAGGUCUCAUCAAAUGUUUGCUUCACUUGUGAUAGAAUCCUUCAAGAACCAUUCCACUUUUGUUCUCUCUCUUGCAAGGUGGAUUACUUAGUUUAUCAAGGAGAUGAUCUAUCAAGCAUUCUCUAUAGAAUCGAUGAAUCGGAUUUCACGUUUGCAAGUAUGAGAAUGGACGGACACGAUCAGUUUGGAGAGAUAUCAACAAUGGAGGACGAUGCCGACGAUAUUAUGGUAAUCUCAGAUCAAUCGGAGCAAGGUAACAAUAGUAAUAAGAAAGAGAAAAAGAAAAAGAAGAAGAAAGAGAGCAAUUACUUUCCCGGAAUGGUUCUUUCACUUGGCAGCAGAAGAAAAGGUGCUCCUCAUAGGGCUCCUUUCUCAUAAUUUAAAACAAGGAAGCCAUAACAGAAAAUUAUAAGCAUUCUAUAUAUGUGUCUCUUUGUAUCAUGUUUCUUUGAUUAGGUAUAAUCCUAUUUCAUGAGUUGAUCACCAAAAUGUGUUGUCUUUUAUGGGGUUGUUUAUUUGUUUUCAGUUUUUGUGUUGAUGUGAAAUCAGUUCUCACGUUUAUUUGUCGAUAAAUUAUUAGCUUUUCACGAAUAAAGGCUGUAUAUCAUUUGGUACUUUAUAAGAGUAUAUAUAAUACUCAAGAUUAUUUACACAUAUUAAAAAUUAAAAAAUUAUUUAUUUAUUGCUUUUUGGUUUAAUUUUUAUUUAAUUUUAAGUUUUAUAAGUUUUUAGAUAAAGUAGUUAUAUCAUUUAUAUUUGUAUAUAUUAAUUUUCUAGUUUUAAGUAAAAUAUAUUAAUUAAAGUACAAAAACAUCAAAUUAAUUUGAAUAUCAUUUUUAAAUAUAGAAGAAACAAUAGUCAUUUUAAAAUGGAAUAUUGAAAGCGGACUCGUAGUUUGGGUAAUUUUUAUUGGGAGAUGGAAGAAACGAAAACAAGUUUUCACUGACAGCUGAAAAGUAGCUGCUGCGUCAUGAUUCAUGAAUGCCACUCCAUUAUAUACACACGCAAUAAUACGGCGUAUGAUUAUUAUAUUCAUGCAUACGUAUUUACUCGUGAUGUUUAAUUUGAUAUCAUACACCAGCACCUUUUUUUAUACCUUACCAUUUAUUCUUCUUUUUUGGUCAAUCUACCUAUUUUCUAAGACCAUCUUUGAUGGUGUUCUAUAUUUUCUUAUAUGUUUCACUCUAAAAUAAAAUAAUUCUAUUAUAGAAUAAAAUUUGUUCCAAUGAUUAGCUUUAUAAUAGAGUUACUCUAUAAUAGAUUGGAAUAUAGAAGAAUGUUUUUUUAAAUGAAAUUUCAAAUGUACUGAUCAAUCAUGUGAAAAAAAUAUAUUUACAAAAGAAUCAGGCUAUAUA